CGCAAUACUGGUAGGCGGAGAGAGACUUUCAAAACCCUAAUUGUCUAUUUGCGUAAACACUUUUUUUUUUUUUUCUACGUGAGACUUCCAACAGAAACCCCAUUUCUCCUUUAUUGGCGCCUCAGCAUUCAGUAUAUAAUACUCCAUACUUAGCUUUCUGAUCACUUGAAACCGUUGGCAAGUGUCCAAUCUCUUCUAAGACCAAAGAAAUCCAUAGCCAUGAAGGUGCGUAGGCAAAGCUCGAGGAUUGUAAAGCCAUGUUACGAAGGAAAUCCUCCACCGACUACUAGGCACAUUCGUCUCAGUGUCUUCGAUACUGUAACAUUUAACACCCAUAUCGCUGUUAUCUAUGUGUUCAAGCCUCCGAUGACACCCAAUGCAGCGGUUGAGCAAGGUCUUCGUACGGUGCUGGCGGAGUAUAGAGAAUGGGCGGGGAGGUUGGGUAGAGAUGACGAAGGCCACCGUGUCAUUUUACUCAACGAUGAAGGUGUAAGGUUCAUUGAGGCAACGGUUGAUUGCACUCUUGAAGAGGUCAUGCCGUUUAAGCCAUCUUCGACAUUGUUGAGCCUUCAUCCAAGCCUAAAUGGAGUGGAAGAAUUGGUGCAAGUUCAGCUCACAAGGUUCACUUGUGGGUCUAUGGUGUUGGGGUUCACGGCCCACCACCUUGUGGCUGAUGGACAGUCAACUAGCAAUUUCUUGAUCGCAUGGGGCCGCGCAGCUCGAGGCCUGAAUAUAGACCCACUUCCACUGCAUGAUCGUGCUAUCUUCACACCUCGAGAUCCACCCGUGUUUGAAUUUGAGCAUAGAGGGGUGGAAUUCAUGACCAAAAGACCCAAUGACAAGCUUCAGCUUCCCAUCUUUGAACCUUUGUUAGAAGGUGGCAAGGACGAGAAUGUUAUCGUGCAUAAGGCUCACUUUACGCGGGAGUUUCUGUCCAAUCUCAAGGUGAAGGCUUCUUCAGCACACGACAAGCCAUACACAUACAGCACCUUCGAGAGCCUGCUUGCUCACCUGUGGAGAACGAUAACAAAGGCCCGUGGGUUGAAUGAUUAUGAAAUGACUGAGGUGAGGAUUUCAGUGAAUGGGCGGUCGAGAUUGAUCCCCCGUGUGUCCAACGAGUACUUUGGGAAUCUGGUGCUAUGGGCGUUCCCACGAGCUGGGGUGAGAGAGCUCUUGCAAGAGCCAUUGCACCAUGCUGCCAAGCUCAUACAUGAUUCGGUAACAAAGGUUAAUGACAGCUAUUUCAAGUCGUUCAUCGACUUUGCAAGCUCGAAAGAGGAGGAGAUGAAAGAUCUUGUGCCCACAGCCAACAUGAGCAAGUCAGUUCUGAGUCCCAACAUGGAGGUUGAUAGUUGGCUGAGGUUUCCAUUCUAUGAACUUGAUUUUGGAGGGGGAAGUCCUUUCCUUUUCAUGCCUUCUUACUUCCCUGUGGAGGGAAUGCUGUUUCUCCUCCCUUCCUUUAUAGGAGAUGGGAGCAUAGAUGCCAUUGUGCCCUUGUUCGAGCACAACUUGGACAGCUUCAAGAAGUCUUGCUACUCUCUGGACUAGAAGAUGAUGGCCAUGCAUGCUCUCUCUCUCUCUCUCUCUCUCUCUCUCUCUCUCUCUCUCUCUCUCUCUCUCAUAUUACUAUUUAUUUAUUUUGCUUAAUUACUGGGGAUGUGUCAUACCUGUAACAGCUAUGUUGGUAUGGAUAAUGCUUGCUACUUA